GGGUUACAGUGGGUGAUGCUUCUGAUUAGAAGAUUAGCUAAUGAUACAGAUGAUUACAGUAAUAGAAUUGGAUUGCUGAUGAUUAGCAGCUCAAAAAUAGGAGGACAAGAAAGAGACCGGACGCUGACAGCAGCCAAAGGCAGUGGCCCCACCUGUCGGCGACAGCCCAAUAACAACGCCCUGCCCUCCUCCUCGUCCACCGCGGCGUGCGCGGACCGUACCCUCCGGCGCACCGCUCCUCCCUCUCCAACCCAAAUCCCCCUCCCCCACCCCCAUUCCCACCGAUCGAACCCCGAAUCGCCGAUUCCCGGACCGGCGGCGAUGAGCGUGGUCGGCUUCGACGUCGGCAACGACACCCUGGUGGCGGCGGCGGCGCGGCAGCGCGGCAUCGACGUGCUCCUCAACGCCGAGUCCAAGCGCGAGUCCCCCGCCGCCGUCGCCUUCUCCCACAACGCGCGCCUCCUCGGCGUACACGCCGCGGGCGCCUCCUCCUCCCACGCCCCCUUCUCCAGCGUCAAGCGCCUCCUCCUCGCCGCCGCCCGCCCCGCGCAGCUCCUCCGCGACCUUCCGCGCCUCCCCUUCCCCGUCUCCACCGGCGAUGGCGGCGCGGCGCUCGUCCACGCAGACCACAUCGGCCGCCGCAUCGCGCUCUCCCCCACCCACCUCCUCGCCAUGCUGCUCGCGUACCUCAAGCAGCUCGCCGAGGCAGACCUCGACACGCCCGUCGCCGACUGCGUGAUCUCCGUGCCCUGCUACUUCACGCAGGCGCAGCGCCGCGCCUACCUCGACGCCGCCGCCGUCGCGGGGCUCAGACCGCUCCGCCUCAUGCACGACCUCGCCGCCGCCGCGCUUGGGUACGGCCUUUACCGCUCCGACCUCGGCGUCGCUAGGGGCCCCACCUGCGUCGCGUUCGUGGACAUCGGGCACUGCGACACGCAGGUCGCGGUAGUCGCCUUCGACGCGUCGGGGAUGAAGGUGCUGUCGCACGGGUUCGAUGCGGACCUGGGGGGCAGGGACUUUGACGAGGUACUGUUCGAGCAUUUCGCCGAGGAGUUCAGGGAGAGGUAUAAGAUCGAUGCCGUGGGGAAUGUGAAGGCGAGCAUGAGGUUGAGGGCAGCGUGCGAGAAGGCAAAGAAGGUUCUGAGUGCGAAUGCGGAGGCGGUUGUCAACAUCGAGUGCUUGAUGGAGGAGAAGGAUGUGAGAGGGGUGAUCCGGAGGGAGGAAUUCGAGAAGCUAUGUGCUGGGCUGCUGGAGAGGGUUGUUGAGCCGUGCAAGAGAGCGGUGGCAGAUUCAGGAAUUGGAUUGGAGAGGCUGCAUUCUGUGGAACUUGUUGGGUCAGGUUCACGGGUACCCGCCAUUGCUAGAGUGCUUGCGGGAUUCUUCAGAAGGGAGCCUAGUCGCACACUCAAUGCUAGUGAGUGUGUGGCUCGGGGGUGUGCAUUGCAGUGUGCAAUGCUUAGUCCUACAUUCCGUGUUCGGGAAUAUGAGGUGCAAGAUGCGAUUCCUGCUUCGAUAGGAUUUAGCGUGAGCGCAGGCCCAAUUUCAACACUGUUAAGUAAUGCGCUGUUCCGGAGAGGCCAGCCUGUUCCGAGUGUUAAGAUCAUUACUAUCCAGAAAAACCACAGUUUUAAUUUGGAUGCAUUUUAUGUUGAUGAGAAUGAAUUGCCUCCUGAUACCACAACAAAUAUUGGUAGUUUUCAGAUUAGCCCAUUCCAAGCACAUACUGAAAAUUCCAAAGUCAAAGUAAAAAUUCGGUUGAAUCUACAUGGAAUCAUUUCAGUCGAAUCAGCUGCUUUGAUUGAUGACGAUGAAAGAAAUGCAAAUUCCGCUGACUCUAUGGAGGUCGAUUCCAGGGAUGACGCGGGUGACAAGUCAAGAAGUGAAAGGUCCAUCCAACGGCAGGAUUUGCCCAUCGAUGAGUACAUUUAUGGUGCAAUGAGCAAGCAGGAACUGCUGGAAGCUCAAGAGCAAGAGCAGCAACUGGCCUAUCAGGAUAAACUUAUGGAACAAACAAAAGACAGGAAGAAUGCAUUAGAAUCAUAUGUGUAUGAUACCCGUAAUAAGCUUUCUGAGAGGUAUCGGAGCUUUGCUACUGAUUCGGAAAGGGAAGAAAUUUCAGUUAAUCUACAACAGACUGAAGAAUGGCUUUAUGAAGAAGGUGGUGAUGAGACAGAAGCGGUUUACAGUAGUAAACUUGAGGAGCUGAAAAAGCUUGUAGAUCCUAUUGAAAAUCGUUGUAAAGACAACGAAGUCAGAGCUCAAGCCACGAGGGAGCUUUUGAAGUGCAUUGUUGACCACAGGAUGGCUGCCAAGUCAUUAUCCACACCUGAACAAGAUGCUGUUGACAAUGAGUGCACUAAAGCUGAGCAGUGGCUAAGGGAGGGGUUGCAACUUCAAGAGUCCUUGCCCAAGAAUGUCGACCCUGUACUUUGGUCUCAUGAAAUCAAGAAAAAGGGAGAAGAGCUGGAUAUAUUCUGUAGAACCAUAGCAAGGCACAAGGGCUCUCCAGCAAGGACGGAUGCUAGCAGGGGCUCAGAUCACACUACAUCAGAUAGAGAUUAGACAUUCAUGAGGUUUCUUCACUGUACGGCUGCAGUCAAGUCUUGCAUUUUGUAGCAAUAUACAAAUGAACGAGUGUUUGCUAACACCGUCAUAUAAUAGAACCCCGUACCACACUUCGCCCACCAUUGGGCGCCUGCAUCUCGUUUAUCCUAGGUGCAGUUUUCGCUUAAGAGCCCACUAAUCAUGAUUGUUAAUACCUGUGAAUUCCUUUCCUGUAACCAGAUUAAGGUUGUUGUCUGCUUCAGUUUGCAUUGAACUAGAAAAAUGGAAUACCUGUGAAUCCCUUUCCUGUAAUCAGAUUAAGGUUGUUGUCUGCUUCA